AUAUGGGUCUGAAGGCUGAAAGGAAUGGUAUAUUUUCGUGUUUCCAUCCGAUAAAAAGCAUUGAUAGGCUAGCUACUAACCCGAUUUACACCAUCAUUAUACGAAUAAUGAACUAUAAAAUGUAUACUAGCCGAUACGAUGGCAAUAAAUAUGUAUCAUUUUAACGCCACCAUGCGUAGAAUAUGGACGUAUUUCAGCAACAGCACGGUACACGGCUUCAAUUACAUUGCCGACAAACGCCGUCAUUGGACGGAGAGAGUUUUUUGGGUUUUGACGUGUUUCAUAUCUUGUCUUGCUACGAGAGAAUAUCUCCAAGCCACUUGGUACGCUUACAACAAUAACGCCGUCAGCUUUGUCACCGACACCACAUAUUUGGAUUGGAACACGAGUUUCCUCUCACUAUCGAUUUGCGAACAAGAGUCACCAGACAAGUUGUACGACUUGGCUUCCAAGUUGUAUGGCUCUGAUCGAGAUUUAAACAUUGAUUUUUAUCUACGGGACAUCGCGUUCUAUGACGGCGCAUGUUAUUCGUGCGUCACCCAUUGUCAAAAAGGAACGUUGAACUGCACUACAAACUACGAUCAAAUCAUACGUGAAAUUCGAUCGGAAUGUAAAGAUCUGAUUGGCAACUGCUAUUGGAAUGAUGAACCGUUCGAAUGUUGUGAUCAAUUCUUACCAAUAACGACUGAAAGUGGUGUAUGUUUUAUUGUAAACUCCUUACACACAGUAAAAAAAGAUGGAGAAAAAUUAAAAAUGAUAUCAAACCGGAAAUUAGGACCCGGUAGCCUUUCUUUUACAGCUUACGAGUCUAUAAAGCUAUUUAUACACUCACCAGAAGAUUUACCUUACGUAAACCAUCCACAAGAAGAAAAAUUUUUACUGAGUUGGGGUGUAUCGUUUAUGAUGAAAUACCAGAUUAAAGAGAUCGAGAACGACCCGUUGUUAAAACAAGUAGAUAUCAAACAGAGGAAUUGUCGUUUUCCGGAUGAAAACAAUUUAAAAGUUUACAACGUGUACAGUAAUUCCGCAUGCAUUGUGAACUGCAGAGCUGAAGCUCAGCUCAAAAUGUGUAAUUGUACGCCUCAUUAUUUGAAAAUUCCGGGAACACCAGUUUGUGGGAUCGAAGGUCUUGGUUGUAUAACUGAACAUUCAGAAAUAUUUAGAGCACUGAAAACUCGUGAUUUCAAUAAGUUGGGAUUAGUGUGUAAUUGCAUAUCUAGUUGUACUGAGCCAGAAUAUAACGUUUUGAGCAAAGAAAUUGGGUCUUUAACUACUGAAGACCAAGAUACCGAAGAUUUUAAAUAUGGAUCAAAAGUAAUCAUUGCAUUAGAUAGACUACCAAAUGAAAGACUUAAAAGAAAUGUAGUAAGAUCUCGUAUGGACCUCAUCGGUAUGUUACACUUCAUAAACAAACUAUUGAAAAUAAUAAUUUAUGUAAUAAAUAAUUUGUUCUAUAUAGUUUCAAUUGGAGGAACUUUAGGUCUAUUUCUUGGAGUCAGUCUGUUAAGUAUUGUUGAAAUAGUUUACUUCUUUGUUGUUUGGACACAUAAAAAACCACAAAGCAUUACAAAUAACGUCAAAAGUAAAAAACAAGUGCAUCGAUCAAUUCAAAACACUAAUAAUUUGCCAUUUUUACAUUGA